UGUACGAUAUUCAUAUUAAAGUUUGAUUAAAUUCAAAUUUAGGCUGUACUUCGACUAAAUUCGGAUUCGUGCAGUAAAGGUAAAGUGCUGACUAACAAUUUAAUCAUCAACAAUAAAAAAAAAAAAAAACUUGGAACAAUAUCAUUUCUGUUGCAACAAACUCUUUAACUUGUUCUUCCACCGCCAUUGCAACACAACACUGUAUCACCAUUAUUGUCAGUUUGCUGAAAUUCAGAAAGUGAUUUAAGUAGAUAAAUCGACAUAACAACUUGGUCAUUAGCAAUAUUGCUGUAAUUCAAUCUUCCUUGUUAGACGACUUGUGAUGGUCUUGGAUUGUUAGAAAGCCCUCAUGAUGGCUACAGCAGGAGUUAUUGGACUGAGUGCAGGAAAAGGACUCUUUAUGUUCUUCCUUCUAUUAUUCUGAUCUUAAUGAAAAGCUAUCUUGUAGCAGUGAUAGUAAUUUGCCCUGCCAUCAAGUUCCUUCUGUUAAAAAUGUGAUCACCGCGAAGAAGUCAUCUGAUUAUAGCCCCAGUUAUGUAUCCAGUCGAAAACUACAAUCUGUCAAAGCUCUUAAAGAGCAUAUAGACAUUGCAUCCGACCCUUCUGAUGUGCAGUCCUGGUUUUAAAGAUUCGACAGUUGCAAAAUGAAAGCGAUGAUGAGGAUGAUGAUUCGGUGGAGGUUCCCCUCUUGAUGCAGAAGUCCAUGCUUGAAAAGCAGUGGAAUCUUUCUGCUGAAGAGACAUUGACUGCUUCUCCACAACAUGAAAAGAACUGUAAGAAGAUGCAUAUUAAUUGCUCAGGGACAUCUGCUAGGCGGAGAAGAAUGCAUUCUCGACAAAGAGUUCUUGGUUGGAAAAGUUCAGCUACACCUAUCAGUGCAACCAAGCCGCUGAGAUAAAUACUUGGUCCAGAGCUACUUCAAAAUCGGAGUUAAGGGUGUAGUAAGUGAAGAGCUGCUCACACACACUGAAGUGCUUCAACUGUCAAAAGGAUUCAAGUUGGUCUUCAUGUGGAAGAGCAAAAAUCAAGGAGAGGUAGGAAGCCCUCCUUCAGGUCAUGAGCUGCAUGGUGGAUAUAUGCAUAACAUGACUUUGGACAACAGCCACCUCUUCACCGAUAUAACCAGGGGCGAGCAACAGCUGUUCAGUACAAUGAAAGUCAUGUCAUGGCGCAUUCUACCUAUAACGCGGCUAAUCCACUUUCUGCUGCAAGGAAUGGUGCAUCAUGGGGUUUGGAAUAUACCUCGACUUAUAACUGGAAUAAAUACGAAGCUCCCAUCUUGAUGAUAACAAUAAAGAAAACGUGGCUUAUGACUGAUGGGACCUCAAUUUGUGAAAUACUCAUCCUCAAUCUAGUUUUUUUGGUUGAUAACUAGAAGGCCACAUGACGAACACUUAUUAUCAUAUCAUGUUUAGUAUGAUCUAGUGAUUAGUAAAAUAAAUUAAGAAUCAUGAAAAUUUUAAAAAAUGUAAUCUAGUAUUCAAUGAAAUGAAUUGAGAAUCAUGAGAAUUCUGAUUUAAUUUCAAUAUAAAUAUAAAUAUUAAUAAAAUUAAAAGUAUUUGAUACUUGUUGCUAAUAGAAGGUGCGACGGAGAUAAAUGGGCAUGUAAGUCUAGAAUUGUUGAUGGGAAUAAGACAAGAAAGUUUUGAAAAAGAGAAAAGGAAGAGGUAGAGGUACACCACAAGAAGUGGGACCCGUAUAUCUAUUCCAACCAAUGACAAUUGAUCUCUAAUAUCCAAAAACUUAAUAUUACAUUGAUCUCCUCUCGCGUUAUUUUCAUUUUCCUCCCAUCAAUUUAAUUAUCAACAACAACAACAAUAAAAAAAAAUCGAAAAAAUACAAAGAAGAAAUAGUAGUAAACGAUAUCAUUUCUGUUGCAACAAACUCUUAACUUCUUUCUACCACCGCCAUUGCAACGCCACACUGUAUCACCAUUUCUGUCAUUUUGCUCAAAUUCAGAAAGUGAUUGAGGGGAUUAAUCAGCAUAGCAACUUGGUCAUAAGCUGAUAUUGUUGUAAUUCAAUCUUCCUUGUUAGACGACGCGUGAUGGUCUUGGAUUUUUAGAAAGGGAUAGCCCUCAUGAUGGCCACAACAGCAGUUAUUGGACUGAGUGCAGGAAAAAGACUCUUGAGUUCUUCUUUCUAUUAUUCUGAUCUUAAUGAAAAGCUAUCUUGUAGCAGUGAUCAUAGUUUUCCCUGCCAUCAGGUUCCUUCUGUUAAAAAUGUGAUCACCGCGAAGAAGUCAUCUAAUUAUAGCCCCAGUUAUGUAUCCAGUCGAAAACUACAAUCUGUCAAGGCUCUUAAAGAGCAUAUAGACAUUGCAUCCGACCCUUCUGAUGUGCAGUCCUGGUUUGAAAGGUUCGAACAAUUGCAAAAUGAAAGUGAUGACGAGGAUGAUGAUUCGGUGGAGGCUUUCCUCUUGCUGCAGAAGUCCAUGCUUGAAAAGCAGUGGAAUCUUUCUGCUGAAGAGACAUUGACUGCUUCUCCACAACAUGAAAAGAAUUGUAAGAAGAUGCAUAUUACUUGCUCAGGGACGACUGCUAGGCGGAGGAGAACGGAUUCUCGACAAAGAGUUCUUGGUCCAAAAAGUUCAGCUACACCUAUCAGUGCAACCAAGCCGCUGAGAUCAAUAAUUGGUCCAGAGCUACUUCAAAAUCGUUUAAAAGGUUAUGUUAAGGGUGUAGUAAGUGACGAGCUGCUCACACACACUGAAGUGCUUCAACUAUCCAAAAAGAUUCAAGUUGGUCUUCAUGUGGAAGAGCAAAAAUCAAGGCUGAAGGAUAGACUGGGAUGUGAGCCUUCUGAUGAUCAACUAGCUCUUUCCUUGAAAAUGCCCCGUACUGAUUUACAAUCUACAUUGAUCGAGUGUUCCUUGGCAAGAGAAAGGCUUUCAAUGAGCAAUGUUCGUCUUGUCAUGUCAAUUGCUCAAAGAUAUGAUAACAUGGGUGCUGAAAUGGCUGAUCUCGUUCAGGGAGGUCUUAUUGGACUACUUCGAGGGAUAGAGAAAUUUGAUCCCUCUAAAGGAUACAAAAUUUCAACUUAUGUUUAUUGGUGGAUUCGCCAGGGUGUCUCCAGAACCCUGGUUGAGAAUUCAAGAACCUUAAGAUUGCCAACACAUCUGCAUGAAAGACUCGGUCUAAUCCGUAAUGCAAAGAUGAGGCUUGAAGAGAAGGGAAUAACUCCAUCUGUAAAUAAUAUAGCUGCAUCGCUAAAUAUGUCCCAGAAGAAAGUCAGGAAUGCAACUGAGGCAAGCAGCAAGGUGUAUUCACUUGACAGGGAAGUGUUUCCCUCUUUAAAUGGUCUGCCCGGAGCAACUCUCCAUAGUUACAUUGCUGAUAACCACCUGGAGAACAACCCAUGGCACGGUGUUGAUACAUGGGCACUCAAGGAUGAAGUAAACAACCUCAUUUCAUCAUCUCUUAGAGAACGGGAGAGAGAGAUUAUCCGACUGUACUAUGGUCUGGACAGUGAAUGUCUCACAUGGGAGGAUAUUAGUAAAAGGAUAGGCUUGUCUAGAGAGAGGGUCAGGCAGGUGGGAUUAGUUGCACUUGAGAAACUAAAACAUGCUGCAAGGAAAAGGCGACUAGACGCAAUGUUGAUCAAACAGUAAUUUGGAGCAUUUGCAGUGACUAUAAUACGAUUUGACUGUACAUAAAAUGUGAGAAUCUUGCAUCUCCGACUUAUUUUUAUGAGGAGAACGUACAGAUAAAGAAGCCAA